CACAUUUGCUAGACGUACACGCCUCAUCAUUACGCCCAAUCUCACCUGCUAGUCCCCCUUCUUCCCCGCCUCGGCGUCGUCGCCGCCGGCGUCUACCGCUGGGAGGAGAUGGCGUCGUCGCUCGACGCGCCGAACCUUGAUGAUUACCUCCCCACGGACUCGCUCCCGCAGGAACCCCCCAGGAGCCUCAAUCUGCGCGAUCUGCUGGACAUCUCGCCAGUGCUCACUGAAGCGGCGGGCGCCAUCGUGGAUGAUUCGUUCACACGCUGCUUUAAGUCAAAUUCUCCAGAGCCAUGGAACUGGAACAUUUAUUUGUUCCCGUUAUGGUGCUUCGGAGUAGUCGUAAGAUACGGACUACUGUUUCCACUCAGGGUAUUAACGCUUGGAUUAGGAUGGAUGGUAUUCUUUGCUGCCUUUUUUCCCGUGCAUUUCCUAUUGAAAGGGCAAAAUAAACUGAGAAGUAAAAUAGAGAGAAAGCUCGUUGAAAUGAUGUGCAGUGUUUUUGUUGCUUCUUGGACUGGAGUAAUCAAGUACCAUGGACCACGCCCAAGCUCACGGCCUUAUCAGGUAUUUGUUGCAAACCAUACAUCAAUGAUAGAUUUCAUUAUUCUGGAGCAGAUGACAGCAUUUGCUGUCAUUAUGCAAAAGCAUCCUGGAUGGGUUGGAUUUAUUCAGAAGACUAUUUUGGAAAGUGUGGGUUGCAUCUGGUUUAAUCGUAAUGAUCUUAAGGAUCGUGAAGUAGUUGGCAGAAAGUUACGUGAUCAUGUUCAACGUCCAGACAACAACCCUCUCUUGAUUUUCCCAGAAGGAACUUGUGUUAACAACCAGUACACUGUAAUGUUCAAGAAGGGUGCUUUUGAGCUUGGGUGUGCUGUAUGUCCGAUAGCUAUCAAGUAUAAUAAAAUAUUUGUUGAUGCCUUCUGGAAUAGUAAGAAGCAAUCUUUCACAAUGCACUUGGGUCGGCUUAUGACAUCAUGGGCUGUAGUGUGUGAUGUUUGGUUCUUGGAACCUCAAUAUCUCAGGGAAGGAGAGACAUCGAUUGCAUUUACUGAAAGAGUAAGGGACAUGAUAGCUGCUCGAGCCGGUCUUAAGAAGGUUCUGUGGGAUGGGUAUCUGAAGCAUAACCGUCCUAGCCCCAAACACACUGAGGAGAAGCAGCGCAUAUUUGCAGAAUCGGUGUUGAAGAGACUAGAGGAAAGCUAAAAAGGUGUUGGUCAACUCUUCCGCUCCUGGACUCCUGGUUAAUAGAGGCAUUUACCCUUUAGCCACAUGUGUUAUCCCUUAAUUGUCCUAAGUGAGUAUGGGAUACGUGGAAAUGACCGCCGCAGUUUUGCUGUAAAUUUGUUUGCAGUUUGACAGAAUCAGUAGCAUGUGCUUCGCAAGAACAAUUGCAUGUAAGCUUGGCUAUAGAUUUAUACAAUACUUUAUGAUCCGUUAAUGUUAACACAUAAUAACAAACAUUGGCUGCUCCAGUAGGAGUCUUGUCAUUUUUAUAUCGUUA